UCUAGCCAUUUCCCCCCCAUGUCUUGCAGCAUCAUCUUCCAGAUGGCCGUUUUCUUUUGCUCAUUGGGUUGUGCUAAUCCAUUGACAUUGAUAGAUCUUAUGUCCAGGUCAGCCUAAGAUAGUUUUUUUGCCCACUCAGGCUGUUUUCUGAUUGGAGGGGGAGGGCAAAGGGGUUCCGGACAGCAUGGUCUCUACGAAUGUGCUUCUUGUCCCCCGUCCCGAUCUGGAGUUUGAUGGUGUUGUGUUGCCUGUGCGUGCCGCACUAUCUGUAAGCUUCCUGGUUCCAUCAGGCGAUGCUGUUAAUGAAAGGUCUGUUGCAGCUGCAGCUGCUGGCGCUGUUGUUGCGGCCGGUUUUGCUGCGGGACAUGCUGUUGUUGCUGCGGUCGCGGUUGCUGUUGGUGUGGCUGCUUUUGCUGUUGCUGUUGUUGCUGUUGCUGUCUCUGCUGUUGCUGGUUCCGUGGCUGUUGCUGCUCGUUUUGUGGAUGUUGGGUGUGGGGUUGCUGCUUUUGCUGGCGCUGUUGCUGGUUCUGCUGCUGCUGUGGUGGUGGUUGUGGUGGUUGUGUUGGUUGUGGUUGUGGUUGUGGUUGUGGUGGUGGUUGUGGUUGUGGGUGUGGUUGUGGCUGAAAUUGUGGUUGUGGGUGUGGUUGUGGCUGAAAUUGUGGUUGUGGGUGUGGUUGUGGUUGUGGUUGUGGGUGCGGUUGUGGUUGCGGUUGUGGUUGUGGUUGUGGGUGUUGUUGUUGCUGCUGCCUCUGGUAACGACUCUGCUGCUGUUGGUGGUGUUGCUGUUGUGGAUGAUUCCUGGGACGAAGUGCCGGCCUUGUCUUUCUGGGGACCAUCCACACUUCGAGUCGUUGUCCCACCACGAUACGAUGUUGUGAUAUUAGCGGGGGAUUUAUGGGGACGUCCCAUCCCUUCCCAUUUCCACUCCCCCGGUUUGUUAAUAACCUUUCUGUGGAAAACCCACCCUUCAGAGGCGGGGUCUUCGGAAACCCAGCGGCCUGGACCGUCUGGGUGUGGCUGCACCAGUCCUUUCAUCACUUUGGAUUGUGAGUUAGGGCAGUGAAGGUUUGUGGAUAAAUGACCCCUGGUUCU